AUGUCUCUGACAUCUUACCUCGCGGCCAAAUAUCUCAACGCCGAAGCGUCGCCGAGAAGUGAGAAGAAGCGGAAACGAAGUCAAAAGAGAGCAAAGACAAGCGGUCUAGUCAUAACCGAUGAUGAUGCCGUCGGAUGCAUCAAGGAUUCCCCCAACGCAGACCCAGACCAGUUUGAACGGCCGCUCGCCAUCGCAUCGAGCUCCAUCGAGUACAAGAGGAAUAAGACGAGCACGUGGAAAAAAAUAGAUGCAGUGUCAGACCCGUCGAAGCCAAUCGAGCCCGAUGAAGUUGAUAGAAUCGUGGCCCAGACGGCUGCCGAGAACUCAGCCACGCAACGACAAGAUGAAUCGCCGGUUGUGAUUGAGAAUGAAGUUAUUAAGAUGAGCAAUGGGUCACUAGCCGGCUUGCAACGAGCGAGUGCCGUCGCGAAGCUAUCCGAGCAGAAGUCACAAGAAGAACUCGCGGCAUGGGAGGCGGAAGAAACGUCUCGCCAGAAUUCGAAACCCCGAGAAACCGUCUUUCGAGAUGCCACCGGCCGAAGAAUAGACCUUGUCAUGAGAAGACAAGAAGCAUUACGCGAAGCAGAUGCGAAGGCCGCCCAAGAACGGGAACAACUCGAGGCGCAGAAAGGCGACUAUCAGCGACUAGAGAAAUUAAAAAACAAGGAAAAGCUAGAGGAAGCACGACUCAUGCCAGUCGCGCGUAAUAUCGAUGAUGAAUCCAUGAAUAAAGAGCUUAAGGAGAAGAGUCGCUGGAAUGAUCCAGCUACACAAUUUCUACAACCAGUUGAAGCUCGGAAUACAAAAGGAAGACCACAAUUCGCUGGACACGCAGCACCCAACAGGUACGGGAUACGACCAGGUCACAAGUGGGACGGGGUUGACCGAAGCAACGGCUGGGAAGCUCAGAGAUUCAAGUCCAUAAACAGGUCUGCCAGAAACAAAGAGCUAGACUAUUCCUGGCAAAUGGACGAGUAA